GUCCAUGGAAGCUGAGCUUCAACAGGGAAAUGCACUGUUGCGCUACGGGAGUGUAUGAUAAGGAAAUCAGUCAGUCGACCAGCUAAUCAGCUAAUCGUUUGUGAUCUACAACUUCCUCAGCCUGUGUUAUGAGUACCUGGGAGGGGAGAGUGCCAUCAUGGCUGAGAUCAGAGGAAAGCCCAUUGAGUCCAGCUGUGUGUACGGCACCUGUUGUCUCUGGGGAAGGACCUACUCCAUUGGCUUCCUCCGCUUCUGCAAACAGGCCACCCUCCAGUUCUGUGUGGUCAAGCCCCUGAUGGCCAUGAUCACAGUCAUCCUGCAGGCCUUUGGGAAGUACAGAGACGGAGACUUCAAUGUGUCAGGUGGUUACCUGUACGUGACCAUCAUCUACAACGUCUCGGUCAGCCUGUCCCUCUACGCUCUCUUCCUCUUCUACUUCGCCACCCGCGACCUGCUCGUCCCCUACAGCCCCAUGCUCAAGUUCUUCAUGGUCAAGUCUGUCAUCUUCCUCUCCUUCUGGCAGGGCAUGCUCCUGGCCAUCCUGGAGAAGUGUGGUGCCAUCCCUCAGAUCAACUCUGCCGAGGUGUCGGUGGGCGAGGGCACGGUUGCUGCUGGUUACCAGAACUUCAUCAUCUGCAUCGAGAUGUUCUUCGCAGCCGUGGCCCUUCGCUACGCCUUCACUUACAAGGUCUACAUGGACAAGAGGCUGGACUCCAAUGGGCGCUGCGCCCCCAUGAAGAGCAUCUCCAGCAGCCUGAAGGAGACCAUGAACCCGGGGGACAUGGUCCAGGACGCCAUCCAUAACUUCUCUCCAGCCUACCAGCAGUACACCCAGCAGUCCACCCUGGAGCAGCGCGGCGGCCCGGCGCUCUCCCGCAGCCACAGCACCCUCAGCACGCGCGGAGACACAGAGAAGACCCUGCUGCUCAGCUCCGACGACGAGUUCUAGAGGGACGCUCGUACACACUCUACCUAAACUCACACACACAGUGGUUGACCCCUGGGGGGUGAAUGGAGAAAGAGAGGAUUAAAUUGUUUUACAGAGAGAGGUGUGUGUGU